UUUAAGCAACACAUCCGUUUCCAGGGAGUGACGUCACUGCUUACCUGCAAGUGGGCGUUGGAUUUACCUGUAGCCGCAGGUAAAAUACGGCACGGCGGAGACGGCACGAAUCUCACCGAUCAAAGCUUUAGUGCGAGCCGAGUCAGAAAGCGCGUGCUGCGCGACGAAAUCCACACGUUUGAGCCGUUUCCAGUCAGUGAAUCAAAACAAAGAUCGAUGAAGUGGAGGUUAUAAAGCGUCCGAAGGAACAUAACUUCACACUCGGACUACUUCCGCGAUCUUGAAGAGCUCAAAACACCUGAAGAUUUGAUCCGAGCCUAUGCGGUCGUGUAUGUGGUGAGUUAUGCCUGGCCACAGCACAGGAUCACAUCACAAGACGCGUCCUCAUGGCUCAAGCCGCUCUAGGGCCGAUGGCUACAGGCAAAGCCGGACCUACUCCAGGGACAGCAGCACCAGUCAGGAGACCUACAAGGAGAACUACAGAGAGCAACCUCGUAGCAUAGACUCGCAGUUCCCCCGUAAAACCCAUCCUCACUACGCCAAUGGACGAGGCUCAGAAACCCUGGGCUUUAUCCCAGGCUCCGCUGACUCUCCUCAAGGUACGCAAGCAUGCGGCUCAUGCGCCUCUCUAGGCUGGAGUGGUUGUAAAGCUGUGCUUUGCUGCAUUCUGACUUGUGGGUUUUAUGGCUCUCGCAAACCUUGCUUGCCAGCCAACGAAAGCUCCACUGACAACCCUAUAAAAGCUGAGCCAGAACCGAAGAAGAGCAAUGGAUUGGCUCUGUCCAAUCCCACGUGCGGCGUAAGCCUCGAAGCAAGCAAAUCAAAGCCGUUGCGAAGCUCUGAAAGCUUCAGGUACGGCGACGUUUAUUUUGCUGGCAAGAAAGUGGAGUACCCUGUCAACUCAGACGCACCUCCACGACGGACCCGAACGACUGGAAAGGGCGACAACAACCUGCGUCCCAUCAGCGAUACCAGUAUCAAGAGUAUCUACUCGAGGGAGGAUUUGGAUCUAGACGACCUGGAUGACGGUGGCACUGACAUCGACUCGCUGAUCACUAAAAAGCUUCUAGAAUUGUAUAAAAUGCACCAGAUCGAGCAGCUGGCCAAAUGCACAUCCGACGUGUCCUUCUCCCGGAAAACCAUCGAGAUCAGCGACCUGAUCAACAGCAUCGCUCAGGACUACAACUUGGAGGAGCAGGAAGCGGAGUGUCGGCUGGUACACGGCGUCAUACGCAUCAGCACCCGCAACAAGUCCUCGAAAGGUUACAAAACCAAAGACUAUAAAUCGCACGAUGCAAUGCAGCAUAUUAACGGGAGGAGGGAUGGAACGCUGCCCGACAGUGGGAACGAGACCAUGACCUUCACCUUUAGUGAUGGUGAACCUGAGGUGCUAGUGUCAGAACUGACACCGUCAGAUGAACUUGCCCGAAAGAUGAGAGGCAACAGCGGGAAAAAUUACUACUCGAGUUCGGCCACAGACUCAUCAGGAGCUCCACUACUCCGCUAACGCUCCAGCCGUUCCCUCUCAGUUAUUACUGCCUAACUAGUGUUCAUCUCUGUCCUUGUGCUCCUCUCAGAUUUCAGUGAAAGCAUGUAUUAUGCUUAAGAACUCUUUGUGUUUAUCAGAAUGCCCAAAGACCGCCGUCGUCCCAAAGCUUCUGUCACAAGUGUAAUGUUAAACAAUGGAGCCUGUUGCAAAAAACCAAUGGUUUCCUACUGCCCUUGUGUCAUGUGGAUUGUUACAUAAUGGACAAGUUUCCUGACUAAACCAUUGGCAUCAAAGGGUAUCUUAAGUAUUGCUUCUGAUUAUAUUUUUAUAGACUGUUGUCAUUCGCGGUGAUGUAUCUAGUAAAUAUGCAUGUAUUCAGCACUGAGACUUAAACCUGUUGCCCUUCAUUGGACUGCUUUGCUCUAGUAGCCCAUCAUUCAAGUGUGCUUUAGAUGAACAAUGUCCUUGUUUUGUGUUUAAAUGAUUUAAUGCAAUUUAAUGUUGUUUUGGGACUGUUUGCAGUCAUCCACGUCUGUACGAUGGAACGUCAGUUUGGAAAUAUUUGUAUAGAUUUUUUGUAUUGAAAUAAAAAGGGAGUUUCCUCUCAUUUUCUGUUUUUAUUCAUCACCGUAUUCAUUUAAACUGUAUGCACCAUUUUGUCUAUUACACUGGCUGUUUUGUUUCAGCAAAUGAUUGUAGUUCUGCAUCACGUAUGAUGACAUAUUUACACAGGUACGUGUUAACCACAGAAAAUGUCUCUGUAUAACCGUGCAGCAUUUUUCUCCGAAGAUUGCUCCGGUGUCCGCCUCCUCCCUCAGGUCACUGUGCUAUGAACUUGUUUGGCUGGUUUGACAAUAGAAAGGAAAUAAAAUCCUAGUGUUUGUUGGAGUUGUACAUUGCGGAGGAGGGGAAAACUCCAGAGAAAAUUCCCCUCGCAACUGUCCUCUUUUUGACUCCGUGAAACUAUCUCAAGAUAAUUUUGUGACAUCUAACAUGUGGUUUUUACGGAUUAAUGGGAAAUUACCAAUCAUCAUAAUAGUGGUUUUGGGCGUGCUAGGAUUCUGUUGUCUUGCCUUUUGAUAGUAAACCACUUCGGACUCAAUGAAAUUGCAUCUUUCUGAAGUAAUUCUUUGAUUCAGAUUAGCAAAAAUUCAGAUUUUUAUGCAAGAUAAGACCGAAAAUCCAAAACGACCAUUUCAUUCUUGAGAUAAACUGAUGCUAUAGUGGAAAUCAUGUCACUGCAAUGCAUUGAAGUACAGUUUCAAAUGGUUAUCAUUCUAAAACACAUUCUGUCAUGAACUGUAUUUUAUUUUUAUUUUUUUCACCAAAUAGACCGCCUCAGAAACUUCAUCAAAAUGUUUUUUUUUUGUUUUUUUUUUGGCCUUAAUCAUCACAAGAGGGCACUAUAGUACACACCAUCUAGAGAGAGGAAUCUAAGCCUGGAGACACUAUAAAGACCAUCUAGUUGUUUUUAUAUGCAUUUAGCAAUUAAUUUGUGUUCAAAUCUGUGCAUCAAGUGUUACUGUAUAGUUUUGUAAAAAAUAAAAAAAUGUCUAGAAGUCCAAAUUUGUACAGAGCACUGGUAUUCAGGCCAUAGCGUACUACUAUAAUAUGUGCAUAUUCUAUGCAAAAUGUGCAUAACCUUUGUCCGAGCAUGCAACAGGUCUGGAAUGCAACCAAAUGUGGAUUAAAAAUGCUAUUUUUUUUUUUCAAAAAUGAUAACUGGAUGCUAUUCUCUAACAUGCAAUAUUUGCAAAAAUGUUUGUACAUGCUAUUUAAAAAAAGCAUGCAGUAUGUGGU